GUCUUGUGAGUCAUGCGGUUAAUGAAAAGUACCUGACAUAUAAAGAGUCCAUUCGUAUAAAGUGUCCAUUCGUUCUUCUGUUUGCUGCAGAUCGAUGACAGCUAUAAGAUGGUCACAUCACUCAGAACUCUUGUUGAAUGGACGAGGAGCCUUUUUAUUGCUGCUCCAGAAGAGCCACCACCCCCACCGUCUCCCACUUUCAGUGAGGAAUGGAGGAAGAUAAACUGGGGAGACGAAGAAAGUCUUCAGUGUGUGCGAGACUAUAAGCCUGUAACAGAUGACAUCAAACUUCUCCGAGUUCUUCUGUACGGGCCUGUUGGAGCUGGAAAGUCCAGCUUCAUCAACUCUGUCGUCAGCACCAUACGAGGCAGAAUGAGUGUUCCUGCUGCGGCCAAUGCAACAACUGCUGGAAGAAGUUUCACCACAAAAUAUGAAACUCAUCAUAUCAAAAUUGGGAAAGGAAACCAAGGGACGUAUCCUAUCAUCUUCAAUGACAUCAUGGGUCUGGAGGAAGGCGAUACCCAGGGAGUUCGUCCUGCAGACAUCAAACUGACCAUGGAAGGACACGUGAAAGAGGGUUACAUGUUCAAUGCUGCUGGUCCACUGUCAGAUGCUAAUCCGGGCUACAACAAAUCCCCCUCUCUGGACGACAGAGUUCAUGUCCUGGUGUGUGUUGUUUCUGCAAACUCAGCAGAAAUUACAGACUCAGUUCUGAGGAAGAUGGCAAAAGUCAGAGAGAUGGCCAGGGACCUGGGGAUCCCCCAGAUGAUGAUAAUCACCAAAAUUGAUGAGGCCUGUCCUGAAACUGAAAAGACCCUGAGGAAUGUGUACAUGAGCAAGUACGUGAAGCAGAAGAUGAAAGACUUCAGCUCAGCUGUGGGAAUCCCAAUGAACUGCAUCUUUCCUGUGAAGAACUACAGUGAUGAAAUCGAGAUGAAAGAUGAUGUUGACAUCCUGAUCCUGAGCGCACUGAGAAAAAUGAUCGACUUUGGAGACGACUUCAUUGACAAAAUUAAAGAAAAGGAAGAGGAAAAAUGAAUCAGAAUAUAACGCAGUGGGGCUCCUGGGCGUUUUGUAUUGCUUUGAAAUAUUUACUCUCUGGUCAGUGCACAGUUUUGGGUUUGGGUAUAUAUAUAUAUGAUAUGUGUCAAUGGGUAAGAUCAGGAAGAAAAAGCAUGAAGAGACUGAGAAAUACCUAAGGGAUCAAUUGGAACAGAUGUGGAAGGUGAGGUCCACAUCUGUUCCAGUUCAUUCCCAGUGUGUUAAGAUAACUGUUUCUUUGUUUCAACAGUGGUGGGAAGUAACUAAUUACUCAAGUAUUUCACUAAACAGGGUUCAAAAUUUCUUAAAAAUGCAAGUGGCUGCUAGAUUUGCUUCACCCACCAGCCAAAGAAAAAUUAUUGGUAAUCUAUUAAGUGGCUGGUAGAUUUUGAAACUCACCAGUCACAGUGACAGGUGGACAAAAAGAUGAUAACCUUGGUACUAAAGCACACUACAGUUGUAAGCACUCAUUCAUAAUGCUGUAUAACAAUAAUCAUAACAAAUUAAACAGCAUUCUAUGAUGACUUUUAAGGACAAUGCUUCAUAACUGUUGGUGGUUCACUGAUGUUUUCUUGCAAGGAUCACAGUGCAUCAUUAUUCUCAUAGUUGUAAUACGUUCAGCUACUCACUGGUGUAAUGUAUCAUGAUGGGAUUCAAAGUUAAGAUCGAAGAAAAGAUCAAAAAGAUCAAAUCUGAUGGUGGACUGCUACUCUUCACCACUUCACUGUGAAUGUACAGCAUAGAAAUCAUCUCACAAUGGGGUUCACAUGUGAUUCAUGAGACAUUCUUAUCUCACCAAUCACAGCGUAGGAUCAAUUGAUAAAUGUACAUAUCCCACCCCAAUAUAUUCUCCUUUUAGAGGCCUUGCCCUGAGAGUUUACGGCAUAGAGAGAUGUAAUAUGGCCAAGAAGAGAGCCUUGUCUUUUUCAAGAAGACUUUUGUCCAAGAAGAGGGAAUAUUCUGAGCUAGAAAUGGAACUCUGAAAACCUAGAUUGUAAGUAAAUGGACAGAACAAGAUGGGCCAGUCUGAGGGUCAAAUGUUUAUGACUCUGCUCCCGGCCUCACCUCAAAGUUGAUGAACUCUCGUCAUCCUGGCAUCAAGAGUGGUAAAGGUGUCAAUUGGAAACCCACCAGAUCCCAAGUUGCUGAUUACCAUCCUGGGAAAAUCCAGCGUUUUUGACAACUUAGCCAGAUUAACUGCCAGACCCGGGUCAUUAACCAAGCUCUAUCUUACUGGUGAAGAUGAAAUUAGAAAUCCAGAUGGGAGUCGUAAACUCAGGAAGAAUUCCUGAGUAGAGACAGAGAGUUUCUCUUGUUAACAAACUUAAAAUGUCUCUUUAAAGUAAAACUAUACAUUUUAUCCAUGUUCUAACAUUGUAACUGUGCAUAAUCCCUGUUUGUUAGUUGAAUGAUUUUCUUUUCCACUCUUGUAGGUCAUAGUAUGAGUGAGUUAUAAUUUCAUGUGUUUAAUCCCUCAUUUAACAUGGAGUCAUACUGCCAUCUUGUGACGAUAGUUAAGAAGGUUCUCGUAGGAAUCCCAUAUUAUAUUUCAAGUUAAAAUACAGUUGAAUUGAUUAA